GCAAAGCAACGAAAGGUCUUUUGUUGCAGUUUGUCAAAUCCAUCGUCUUUUGAACAAAAAUGAAGAAGCAUUACAGCAAAAGAAAAAGGAAACCGAAAUCCGAUGACAUUAGCGACGACGCCGCUUUCGCUGUCGUACUGGCAGCUCUGUCGUCUCCAAACCCCAACUCCCUCCGACCCUUAAUCAAGAAAUGCCUGAACAAACUCCGAAACUCCCUCACCAAUCCCAUCCUCUCUCUUCUCCCAGCUCUCCUCACUUUCAAGUCCCCCACCAUAGCUUCCCGUGCCGCCGAGAUGGUGGGGUCCGCCGCCCUCGAGUCCUUGGACAUGAACCAGAGGAUUUCUUCCGAUGCCGGCAUCAUCAAUGGCUUGCUAGCCGCAUUGGGUAGCUCCAAAACCAGACUUCCAGUGGCUGCUUGCCAUGCCCUUUUGGAUUUGUGCACUACUUCAGUCGGACGACGUCGUUUUGCUCAUUCAUCUGCACUUCCCAGGCUUCUUUUUGGGUUUCUUCAGGUUCAUAAAUCUUCAAUGAUUUCAGUGUCCUUGUGCUCUGUCUCUGUGUAUAGUGAAGGUAUUACCUCUCUGAAUGUUGGGUUUGAGGAAGAUGAACUUCCAGUUCUACUUCUUAAUGCUGCAAUCAUUCUCAUCAACACCUGUAACAUUGAACAAUUGGAGAACAUCCCAACAAACCUCUCCCAAGCUUUCUUUGGCUUUAUGAGAAAUCUGUGGGCAAAAGUGCGUAAUGAGAUGUUACUCAAAAACCCAUUGGAGUCCGCACAAGGGGAAAACUUGUACAUUAGCAACAUUAGAAUAAGUCAUAUGGCUGAAAGCCUGUUUAGGCUUUCCAUUUGUGCUUCUCACCGUACCAAGCCUUUGCCCUUUCAUGUGGUUGAAAGGGAUAUAUUUGGUUUCUCUGAGUCUGGUUUUAAAGAUUUCAUGUCGAACCACUGGGAGGUGUCACCCUUUCUUGUGCGACGGGGGCUGUCACAAGGGGAUUUAGUUGAGGUGGAUGAUAUUUUUGGUCCAUUUGUAAAUUUCUUCAAGAAACCAUACUCUUGA